AUGAGCACUGACAGCAAGACUGAUCUUGACACAAUGGUACUUGCAGACGUUCAGCGGGCGUCGGAGACGUGCGGCUGUUUACCUGUAGGCGGCGCCGGCGCCGGCGCCCCUGCCACCGCUGUGGAAAGCCUGCUGCGCUCACCUGCGGGCUGUGACUCGGGCAGCGGAGAGGAGCAGCGGAGAGCAGAGGCACAGGCUUUCGCGCGGCACAGCCGGCAGAAGCCAGGGAGCCAGGCCGAGGCUGGCUGCGACAGACCGCAGAAGCCAGGGAGCCAGGCCGAGGCUGGCUGCGACAGACCGCAGAAGCCAGGGAGCCAGGCCGAGGCUGGCUGCGACAGCCCGCAGAAGCCAGGGAGCCAGGCCGAGGCUGGCUGCGACAGACCGCAGAAGCCAGGGAGCCAGGCCGAGGCUGGCUGCGACAGACCGCAGAAGCCAGGGAGCCAGGCCGAGGCUGGCUGCGACAGCCCGCAGAAGCCAGGGAGCCAGGCCGAGGCUGGCUGCGAGAGACCGCAGAAGCCAGGGAGCCAGGCGGAGGCUGGCUGCGACAGACCGCAGAAGCCAGGGAGCCAGGCGGAUACUGGCUGCGACAGCCCGCAGAAGCCAGGGAGCCAGGCGGAUACUGGCUGCGACAGCCCGCAGAAGCCAGGGAGCCAGGCCGAGGCUGGCUGCGACCCGACCCGGCGCGCGCCACACGUCGGCUAG